UAUAUGGAGUUAGGGCAUACGAGAAACUCGGCACUAUAAAUAAAUCGAAAAUGAGAGCCAAAACGGUUAGGGCGUAAACGAAGAAACGAAGCCGAAGAAGAGGGCUCUUCUUUCGUGGAGAAGAAUAAUACUAAUCUUAUCCUUAUUCUUAUACCAAGAUGGAUCGGUACCAGAAAGUGGAGAAGCCAAGGGUUGAGACACCUAUUGAUGCGAAUGAGAUUCGGAUUACUAGUCAGGGGAGGAUGAGAAGCUAUAUCACUUAUGCUAUGACCUUGCUUCAGGAGAAAGAAUCAGAGGAGAUUGUGUUCAAGGCAAUGGGCAGGGCAAUCAACAAGACUGUGACAAUUGUGGAAUUGAUUAAGAGGAGAAUUGUUGGUCUUCACCAAGUAACGUCUAUUACAUCCACUGAUAUAACUGAUACAUGGGAACCCCUUGAAGAAGGCCUCCUACCUCUCGAGACCACCAGGCAUGUAUCAAUGAUCACAAUUACUCUCUCCAAAAAGGAGCUGGAUAAGAAUGCUGUUGGGUACCAACAACCAUUGCCAGCAGACCAGGUGAAAGUGUCAACAGAUUUUGAUUAUGAUGGAGAAGGAUCUCCUAGUGGUGGACGAAGAGGCCGCGGUGGUAGAGGAAGGGGAAGGUCCAGAGGCUUUCCAGGAAAUGGAUUUAUGCCGGCUGAGUAUGAUGAUGGUGGGUAUGAUCGCAAUCGGAGCUAUGGUAGGGGUAGGGGUCGAGGCAGAGGUCGUAGCUUCCGUGGCCGUGGAAGGGGAGGGUACAAUGGUCCACAGGAUGCCCAGCAAGAUGGUGGCUUCUACAAUCAAGAAGCUCCCAUGCAGGGACGAGGCCGUGGCCGUGGAAGGGGAACUCGUGGUAGGGGACGUGGAUUCAGAUCUAAUGGGCCGAUCCAAGGUGGUGGUGCUUAAAUUGUCAAGCUUGAAGAAUACAGAGAUUAUGUGCUAUGAGUGCCUGCUCCAUGUUCUAUGUUUUUCAUUCCUUAGUUACUCCGUGUUAACAGUAGGUUAUCUAUCUGUAAUCAGAGUAGACUAAUUAUAGAUUUCAGGACCGCCCGUAUGUGGUGAUGCUUUUUUUUUCUUUGUUUUUCUUGAUAUCUUCUAUCUUUAUUCUCUGCUUGAUUAGGUGGUUGGUCAAGUGUAAUUUCGUUAGUGAGCAGCACAUUCUUUGAUUUGUCUUUGUUUGUUGAAAUGUUCAGUGUUGAUCUUGUUCGUAAA